CCCCUCUUCCCCUCCCCCCUUCCCCCCGCAAUGGCGGAGAAGGAGCAGUUCAAGGAGCCGGCGAACUUUAAGCCUGGCGAUCUUUAUUUCUUUGACAAGUCCGUACGCGAAUGGGUGCAUGAUGGCACCAGUUGCCUCAUCCGUGUGUCCAAAUGUGUGUGCAGGGAGACCAACCAGCGUCUGCUGCGUCUGCAGAACGCCGACAAUGACCGCAGCAAGUCCAAGACGCCACCCAAGUUCACCCUGUCCAACAAGCUGAUGAGCGACACCCUCUUCCAACCCAUAUUGCAGGUGCCCCUCGAUUGGCCACAAUAUGCAUAUAUCCACACCUUACUUACCUGUGCGUGUUGUGUGUCCAAUCGACCCGCGUCUGCAGUAUUUUCUCAGUUUCGGCGUCAAGAAGGUCGGCAGCCUGCCGCCUGUGCUGUCAUCUUCGGAACAAGAGGACCUUGCCGGCGUGUCGGAUGACGACGGCAGCGGCAACAAGCAGCUGAAGGUCAAGGGAGCCGAUUUGCGUCGGAGCGUGCAGUAUCUGCAAAAGAAGAUGGAGCAGAGCGAGGAGAAGAGAUGGGAGUACUAUGAAGCACUCACUGAGCGGCUCAAGGAGCUCAAGAAGCAGCAGAGAAGGGCCACGCUGGCCGAUGAGACGGCCAAUGAGUACGCAGUCGUCAGCCAGCUGCUGACCGAGAGGCAUGCUGAGCUGCAGGCGUGUGCCUUCGACUUUGGGAUUGAGGUGGUGGGGCGGUGCGUCGUCAUCAUUGACGCCAGCAAGGAUAUGGAAGAGUUCCUGACAGACAUCAGACAGCAUCUGAGCCAGGUAGGUAACGAGCGAUUCCGAACGUCUCUCUCCCUGCCUCCAGCCACCCAACGAUCUGCUGGCUGGUUGCGGUGCAGUUUGUGGAGGAGGACUUGCAGCUGACGAUGUUCAACCUCGUGUUGGUGGGAGAUGAGGUCGAGUGGUGGCGUGAUGACCUGCCCGAUGCUAUGGACGAGACGCAGACGCAAUCCGCCCUCAAGUGGAUCAAGACGCGCCUCGCCAAGCCAUCCAAGAAGCUGGCGGGCCAUGUGGAUCUCGUGGAGGCCAUCCGACGCGCACUCACCUGGCGGCCAAGCAUCCUCUACCUCGUCUCCCACUUCGCACCAGGCGAGUCUCAUCCAUCAACCUACUCAUCGGCGUCAUUCGUCACGUCAUUUCUUUGUGUCUGUUUGCGCGUGCAGGCGCUGCUCGCGAUCGGGAGGAGUCUUUGCGACUGAUAAGGAACUACUGCGCGUUCGGGCAGCCGGAUGGCCAGGACCCACCUGAAAAAGAAGAGCCCGUGGACGACUCGCCCAUCGCCCCUGCACCCCCACCACGCCCCUCGACUGCCAGAUCUGCGCAGAGACAGGCCGACGAAGAGACGAAGAGCACCAGGUAAUAGCGCGCACACAGGAGACAGAGCAGCUGUCUCUCUCUGUGUGUGCACUGGUACACUGACUGCAGGGGCCCGAAACAGCUGGGUGUUCCUGCAUCGAAGCUGGACCAGUCGGAUGCGGCUUCAGAGACGAGUGCACCGUCGGCCAAGGGAGACGACUGGGCGUGCGCCCUCAGAUACCUGGCCUUCGAGGCAAAGCUGCGGCAGAGCGACGAAAUCUUCUUCGCUGAGCUGGAGAGAGCUGCCAUGCCUAUCGCCUGGAGCGAAAGCAAGAAGGAAGAGUCCUUCAAGAAACACUUUCGGUAGGACCGGGGCUGAUCGCAUCUCUGUCUGUGUGGCAGUGAAAGGACGGACGCCUUUGGUGUCUGUCAGAAUAUCUCCCCGUGAGGACAUGUGGCGGUCCGUGGGCGAUUGUGUCAAGAAGGUCCAGAAGCUGAGAAGCAAGCUCAAGGCUCUGCAGAGCGCAUAUAAACUGAGAGACAAACUGCAAGAGGAAAUACCGGUAUGUGUGUACAAUGCAGAGACAUGGGAGACAGACAGACAUCCAAAGUGGGUGGCAUUGUUGUCUGCAGGAGGUCCGUCAGCAGCUGCACACACAACUGGCUAUCGAGAAACUCUUCAGAUUCGAUCAGCAGCAGGUACGUGAACCAACAGAUCGUCACAACAUCGGGACAUGCUGUAUUGCCUUUGUCUCCAUGUCUGCUCCAGUGUUAUCGUGCAAUGGCCCGGCCAGUGACUGCCCCACCUGCAGCAGCCGCCAAACGCGCUCCGCCACAGGCCGAGAAGAAGGCGGCACCGCCCAAAGGUAUGGGCGCCCGUUUGUUAUGUACAAUGAAUGCCUUUUCAUCUCAUUUUGUGCAGCGAAACCGGCAGCACUCAAGAAGCAGAAGAGCCGCGAGUGCCGGGUGUCGGAGGAGGGGGCACCGGAGCCCGCGAAGCCAGUGGAGGAGGCGCCACCUGCCGAGGUGUCAGCCGCCCUGCCUGCCCCUGCUGCUGCUCCUGCUCCUGCUGCUGCUGCCAUCGAGGCACAGGAGCAAGUGAGACCAGUAACUGCGGCAAAACCUGCAAAGGUAUAUGUUUGACCCACUGACAUGUCCCAACACAAGUCUUUCUGUCUCUUCGUGGCUCGGAACAGAAGCCGCCAAGAGGCGAGCGGCCGGUGACUGCGCCGACGCCGACAGAGGAAGAGCAGCCGGCCCUGCCCGCGGUUGAGGAGCGGCCUAUGUCUCCCACGGCCGUGAGCCACCGCCGGCCCAACCCGUCCACGAUCAAGCCGAUCAGUCCGUCGUCCACUCUGUCGCCAUCGCACCGCCGCCCAUCCAGUGGCACGCCCACCACACGUGACGUAGAGGACGACCGACACGCCGCAAUGCAGUACCCCUCGUCAGUGCCCUCGUCAGCCCCCCAGCCGUCCGAGCGGCCGGAGCGUGUGGCAAUGAUCCCCAUCCUGCCCGUGGACGCUGCGGGGUUGGUUGGCAGCAAAGGGUUCGCUGGAUCGACCCGACAAGUAAGGGGAGGUGGAUGGGGGGGAGGCAGGUCAAAUAGACACAAGGAAGAGGAGGAUCUGUGAAUGAAGCCAUCUGCCGGCGGACCUUGCCAUGGCCAAUAUGGCAAUCGGUCCGUCGGUGAGGCAAGAACAUGGGACAGACACAUGGGGGAGGAGACACGGCGGCCACUGAACAAUGAGUGGUCUGUCGCUUUCUCGUCCGCCCUGCAUGUCGUGUAGGAUUGGUGCAUAUGUUUGUGUGUGCACAUGGCUUGUCAUCUGUCUUACUGGUCCUCUCGCAGGAGACGAGUGGUCAAGAGAGAUUAGCCCGAAGACACUGAUCGAUUGCAUUCUCUCAACCGGCCCCGAGUGCACUGUGUGUUUGGUUGUUCCAUGAAUGUCUGUACCAUACAAUGUCAUGUGUGGACACUGACAUGUUUGGGUGCAAUGCAUUGCUACCUACGGGGUCUGUUCGUGUCUUGUUUCAUAUCUCGUAAGUUA